UAUUGUAAGAUUCCAUGUGACAAUUGGGACCCCACCAUGGUUGCGCCCAGCGGCACACGGCUGUGAUGCAGGAAUUCGACGGUUCCAAUUGAAAGGCAUCCUUGGAGAGGAUCUGUCGAGGAAACAGAUCCGUCAUCGAAACCUGCUUAUACCCAUCGCUCUGUAACGCACGCAGCUUGGUCUCGUCAUGGCCGCCUCACCGGCGUCUUCAGCUCCUCCUCCGCCGCCACCGCCGUCUGCAGCGAAGAAGGGCUUCCUCCGCCGCGUUAUACCAUUUCUCCUCACCGCCAAUCUAGCCGUCGGAGUAUAUGUCCUUCUUAGGACCUCAAAGAAAGAGUCAACUGAGAAGGAUGAGGAAGCUGUGGGAGAGGUUCCUGCUUCUCCAGUAGCUACCAUCAAACCUGUGAUUCCUGAUAAGGAACAAGUUGUUGGACCUAUUCCAGCACCCUUAAAGGUUCUGCCUCCUAUAGCAGAACAAGAGCAGCGGGAACUCUUCCAGUGGAUUCUGGAAGAGAAGAGGAAAGUUAAGCGCGGUGAUCGGGUUGAGAAGAAGAAAAUUGAUGAGGAGAAGGCUCUCCUGAAGCAGUUUAUUCGAGCAAAAUCUAUUCCUAUGAUUUAAGAACCUCAUAUUUCUUAAAUCCUUUAUGAUGUUGUUGUACUUCACCGUAGCAUGGAUGCAGCUUAUCCUAGCACUGUUUCUCUGUUAUUGUGCUAAUUCUUCAUAAACUGAUACUUUUGCAGUGAGUUUGGAAGGUAUUACUUUGGAUCAAUUCCGUGUAAGCCAUAAUUGAUAGACCUGUUUGGGUACUGCUAUGCUUCCAGUCAACUAGCAGUUGGUUGUAUCCAAACGAGUUCUGCACUGGCCAGAUACUUCAAUUGUCAAAUUCUGAUGAUGCUAUUUUUCUUGAAAUAAUUUCUAGUCA